AUGAAAGUUCUAGAAGACAUCUAUGUCAAACCGAAAAAUACUAUUCUAGCUCGACACAUUCUCUUUAAUCGCAAGCAACGAGCCGACGAAACGAUCUCUGACUAUAUUAGAGCUCUUCGACUUUCCGCAAAAGAUUGUAAAUUCGAAGACGUCAUAGUUAAAGAGCAUGAAGACCAAGCAAUUCCUAGUGCUCUCAUAUCCGGCUUACUAUCACGAAGGAUUCGCGAACGAGAUGCAGUUGCUAUUGGUAUCAGUUCUACGCAACUUACCGCCAUAUCGCAAGGUACUUCACGGGACAAGGAAUCCGAAAAUCUAGCGGCAGCUCCAUCGUCACGAACAUUUCAAGCCGCCCCGACCACGCCACCUCCGGCUAAACCCUGCUUCUUUUGCGGCGGGAGUCUUCAUCCAAGGUUCAGAUGUCCAGCCAACAAAGCUACCUGCAAAAAGUGCUCAAAGAAAGGACACUUUGCAAGCGUCUGUAGAUCGGGCAAUAUUAACUUGAACUCCACGACAGUUGAAGAUCCUACGACCUCUAACAACUACCAGUUCUACAGUGGAGCUAUUUCUGCUGCCUCUCCUUUGAGCCUUAGGAGUGCGACAAUUCCAAUCAUGGUCAACGAAUACAAGGCUGAUGCACUCGUCGAUACAGGAAGUUCAGUCAGCUUUAUUAACGCUAGUGUUGCUCGCAUAAUGAAACUACGCAAAAAACCCUGCAAGCAGACAGUCAAUCUCGCUUCUCUCAAUCAAGUUUCCUUUGCCGAAGGCGUCUGCUUUGCUACCAUUACGAUGAAUAAGCAUACUACAAACAAUCGCCUCUUC